AUGGUUAGAUUUACAAAUGCCGCUUCACCCUAUAGCUAUCCCUAUAGUAUCGGCAAUCUAUCUCUCAAGCAUCUUGUUGAGAGUGAUACCUGGGAUUUCACAUUCGAGCUGACUGCAAGAAAUCCUUGGGGUGAAGCCCUGGGAUCCACCACCUGUCAUACUACCUGGAUGAAUGGAGGAGUCGAUGUGCCACCCCAAGCCCCAGUAGCAUGUGACGAUACCCUUUACCACUUUUUCCUUUCCACUGAUGCUCCUGAUGUCGAGAAUUAUGACUUAGCUAUCGAGGGUCCUAUGGGCACCGGUGCAAUUACUCUCGCAUCAGGAAACAAGUACCGCUGCGGCGCUUACACUGAUCCUAUUGAUAACGUUGACGAGGAGUGCAAAACAGUCAACGGUGGAGAAUUCUAUGUCAAGGUCUGA